CUUUCUGUAUAUUUCCUAUGGUUCUGUAAAUAACCAUUUACCAUAUAGUGUUAUUUAACUGUACAUUUGUGUCCUAUUUUACUCCUGUACAAGAAACCACUAUUCUUUGGAUGACUACAUGACUGGCUUGUGGUUCUCUUUUCUUGUUUUAACAGAACAUCUCAGGAACUGUCAACUAAUGCCUCCCUUUUGCAUAAUGAGAGUAAUACUGAUUGUUGAGCAUGCAUUUGCAUAACAUAUUUUAUAAAGGAAAAACAAAGAAUUAAAAAGAAUGUUUCUGAAUUAUUAAAGAAGUGCUUUGUUGCAUAUUUGUGUUCUUUUUCCAGUUGUAACAUUUCCUGAUGCCCCCCUUGCCAGGUGCUGAGAUGGUGCAAACACCCAUACAGUUAUUCCGAUACCUCAUGCGCUGCUGUAAACGGUUGCCUUCAACAAGUCUUCAGCAUCAUUACAGGCACUCAAUCCGGCAGAGUUAUAAUGCUCAUUCAGAUGAAGAUGAUCCUCAAAGAAUAAAACAGAUCAUUAAAAGGGCAAUUGAAGAUGCUGACUGGAUAAUGGAAAAAUAUAAGAAUAUGUAAAAGGGUCAAGAAAGAAAACCGAGUGGAAACGUGAACUUCAGAAAUCAACGCCCAGAUUCAGGAAUGUUGCAGCAUGACAAUCCAAAGUGAAAUCCUUUGUGGGUUUUUCGUGUUAACAGCAUGGUAAUUUUGUUGCUAAAGUGUAAAAUGGAAUAUUCUAAGAGCAUCUGAAGCAAUCUGAGAAAAAUUCACAAUUUCUAUUUUUGAUAUUCUUGUCACAUUCUCUCACCAUACCUAAAAUCCUUGUGUGUUUUUCACCUUACGCUAAUAUAAAAAAUUCAAUUUGUUUA